AUGUCCAUCCCCAUCGUCGACUCCCACAUCCACCUCUUCCCAAAAUCCCACCUCCCCACCUUCACCUGGUACACCCCAGACGGCCCCCUCGCCAGUCAACACAGCGUCGACGAAUACCGCGCCGCCUCCACACACAAGUCCCAUUCCCACCUCCAACCACGAGGCUUCAUCUUCCUCGAAACCGACCGUCUCUCCUCCGUCGACGACACUUCCAAAAGUCAUGGAUGGACGCACCCCCUCGACGAAGUCUCCUUUCUCACGCGCAUCAUAAACGGCACGCCCCAUCCGGGAGAAGGCCACACCGUAACCGACCAGCGUCUCUGUCUCGCCAUGAUCCCUUGGGCCCCCGUCCCAGGAGGCCCAUCCGCCCUUGAAGCAUACAUGGCGCAGGUGCGCGCGCGCACGGGGACCGACACAAUCGCGUGGAAGAAAGUCCGCGGGGUGCGGUACCUCGUGCAGGAUAAGCCGCGGGGGGUGAUGGGUCAAAAGGGGUUUGUACAGGGGGUCCAAUGGUUGGGUCGACAGGGGUUGACGUUCGAUUUGGGGGUUGAUGCGCGGAGUGGUGGCUUGUGGCAGUUGGAGGAGGCCGUUGAGAUGAUGGAAUCGGUCUGCGGAGGUGUUGCCUUGGAGGAACAGACGCCGAUAAUCAUCAACCACCUCUGUAAACCCAACCUGCGGCUCUCUGGCUCCGACACCACGGAGCAUACAGAUUUCCGCGCGUGGAAAGCCCUGGUCGAGCGCAUGGCGUGCUGGCCCAAGACGUACAUGAAGCUCUCUGGGGCUUUCUCGGAGUUGCCACCACUGUCGGAGGAGAAAGAUCCCGACAUCCCCCAUCUCGUGGAACAGCUACAGCCCUGGGUGGAGGUAAUCUUCCGGUGCUUUGGGCCCGAACGGGUGAUGUUCGGGUCGGACUGGCCUGUGUGCAAUAUUGGGGGCGGCGGUAAUGCCGUGUCUAGGGGACGAUGGCAGGUUGUCGUUGAGGGUAUCCUCGAGAGAUUAGGACUGGACCAGGAACAGAAGAGAAGAGUUUGGGGAGGGACUGCCGUGGAGGCAUAUGGGAUUGAGGUCUGA